CUGUGGCCUAAUUCUCAACCCUCGUCCUCAGUGUCGUUUGAACUCCUGGUAUCCAUGGAGACUACGCGCAGUAAAGCCACUGCCAGCUUCAAACGGCCUUGAUACUGCGAACCAAACAUCUGUUUCCGCUUUUCACCAUUAGCCAAAGCCGGAGUGUUCAAAAUGCCUCCCGGGCUCCUAAGGUCAAAUUCCUGUGUGGAUAUUGACUUUACCCUACGGAGAAAAUUCAAGAAAACUGGAUUCCGGUGAGUCAAGCUCAGAAAUGUAAACGGAGACUCGUUGCUGACUUGGACGUCUUCCAGGCCUAUGCAACGAGAGGUGAUUGUUGCUGCGCUAGAUGGGAAUGAUGUUUUCGUCCAGGCUGCCACAAGUUUUGGCAAGAGCUUAUGUUUUCAACUCCCAGCUGUCAUAGACCAUGGAAGUAAGUGUGUUCUACAUUUGCGCUUUGUCUCUUUGAUCUGACACAUAUCAGUUACCAUUGUCGUCUCUCCACUACUGUCAUUGAUGGUAAGCAAGAGACAUCCAGAUUUCAAAGAAGAAGCUAAUAUUCUUCUAGACAGAUCAAGUGACCGCUCUAAGAGCAGCUGAUAUUGAGGCUGGCUCAAUAAAUCGCAACACCCCUCACGAUGAAAGAAAACGCCUUAUGCGAGAUCUGGAAACGGGUCACCCCCUAACGCGACUUCUUUACGUUACACCAGAGCAAUGUGCCACUGAUUCAUUUCGAAAGAAGCUAAGGAUCGUCUAUGAACAGCGAGAGCUUGCUCGCAUUGCUGUUGAUGAAGCUCAUUGUAUUUCAGAAUGGGGUCACGAUUUCAGGCCAUCUUUCAAGCAACUAAAAUGGUUUCGUGAAACUAUGCCUGAUGUUCCUAUCAUUUGUCUCACUGCCACAGCAACCCCACAAGUACGUCAAGAUGUAAUCAAUACACUUGGUCUUUCAGAAGACAAGCUCAAAGUUUUUACAAUGAGCACCAGCCGCCAGAACUUACAUUACGAAGUGAGAUUCAAAUCUGAUCAAGAGGAUCACUAUAAUGAUUUUCUCAAGUGGCUGAGAGUAGUUCACAAACGCCGAUCAGAGAAUAUGGAACGUCGAGCUGAGCUUGAGCAAAACGAUGAAAGGCUGGAUAACUUUUCUGGCAUCAUCUAUACUCUUUUUAGAGCGGAUUGUGAAGCUUUGGCUGCGCGGCUCCGCGGAGAUGGGAUAGGAGCAAAGCCCUAUCAUGCAGGCCUCCACAAUGAUGAGAAGAAUGAGAUUUUAGAGCGUUGGGUUAACAACGUCAAAGGAUACGAUGUCGUUGUAGCAACUACAGCCUUUGGAAUGGGUAUUGACAAGGAGAAUGUUCGCUUCGUGGCGCAUUGGCAACUCCCAAAAUCUUUUGAAGGCUUCUAUCAAGAAGCUGGAAGAGCAGGACGGGAUGGAAAAGCCAGCAUAUGCAUCAUGUACUACAGUAGAGAGGACCGGGAUCGCGCAUACAAUAGGCUCAGCAAAGACAGAGAAACCUCCAAUCUGGAGGCCAGACUGAAUAGUCUUCAAGCUCUGGUAAAAUACUGCGAGAGCACCGACACCUGCCGCCACAAGCUCAUCUGCAGCUACUUUGGAGAGACGAUAACUCCAGAGUGUGAUUAUGCUUGCGACUGGCACAAAGAUUCAAGGGCUCUUAGAAGAGCGAAAGAAAUGGGAUUGCAGACGGAGGAGUGGGUUAGCACACAAAGAGAGCAGGGACGUUUUGAUAAUUCGUAUGAUGGAUAUGAUUGAACUUCAUUGACAUUGGCUUUAAGGGUAUUUGCUCUCACAGAUGCUUCAUCUUUCAUUGCAAAGCAACUGAGGGAUAAAUAGACAUGAAGCCUUUGCUGUAUCAAAGAUAAUACCCAUCUCUUUGUGGGUGGAGCAUGAUGGUGUACCACUGGAUUUUUGCUAUGGACCUCUGGCUUCCAAACCUAUAUAUUGGGCCUAUUGCCGCUCUCAGAUCAGCAUCAAUCAGAUUCCAAUCAUUCCACCAGCACAAUCUACAGUGGAAACUCUUCAAUCGAACGCAACACACAUCAAAUCCAACAAUGGAAGACGAAAAUCCAAAUCAUUUUCCCAUUCGUGUCAACGCCACGGGAAGCGGUGGCACCAUCAAAGAGCUCAUGUUCAUAGAUUUCGAUUGGACUGAAGUGAAUCGGUCUUACCAGAGUCUGAAAAAUGCGGUCGAAGCCUUUCUCAGAUCCACCAACGGGACAACGGCGUUCCGUGCAGAAAACAGAGUUACCCAAAUGAAGGCCGUCUGGAACACGAACUCCGGCAAUGAUUGGGGCACACAGGCAAUCUAAAUGUGACUCCGAUUACUGGAACGAAUUGUCGCACUGUCCUCAGGGCACUUUCGAAGGUACCUGUCAACACAGUCGCUUUGGACGUUGAGUUCCGCCACAUGAAUCAGGUCAACCAGGCCUAAGAGGAUGAGGCACCCAUUUCGUCGACUCGGAUCUCGGAACUCAUUCGACACUCUGCCUGGAACUGGGACGGAUCGUCGGAUGUGGAUGGGAUGGUGUCUUGUGAAGGGAAAUUUCAUGGAAUGUUCAAGGGU